AUGGAUGACUCAAUGGAGAGCCAGCUGGAACUGGAUUUGGACAGGUCCUUGCAAGAUGCUUCAUCCGAUUUUGGGUCGGAGCCAAAAGGAGAACCAAUAUUCCAUGCCAGUUCGAAUCUUGGAGAAAGUGGCGGAGAGCAAGCAGGUGCCGAGGAUGAUUCUUCUCCGUCCUUGGAUAAACUGCGAAGAAGCAUUGUGAGCACACUAGAUGCUUCUAUCGCAAAAUCUGACGAUUUGCUAUCGCGCCGGAGGGGCGUCCAACAGCCAGGACUUUUAAAGAUUUCAGAUGAGUUACUGGAGAUGAUUUUAGGCUUUCUUGUAGAGCCACAGCUCUCCGAGAUUCGUCCUACCGGUUGCUCUCGAUUGCGUACCGAUCGGGAUCAAUGGAAUGAGGAAUUCAAAGAAAGCGUAACAACGAUCCAGGAAAUGCGAUUAGUAUGCCGAAGAAUUUGCAAUAUCAGCUCACACUUCCUUCUUCCUACCGUGCGUGUUGAAUUGAGUGCACAAUCCCUUGCGCGCCUUGAUAUGAUCUCUCGUCAUCCUACUAUCGGCAAAGGAGUUAGAACUGCGAGGGAAAAGAGUCCAGAAUGA